CGCCCCGCGGCGGCGAUGGAGGGCGGUAGCGCGGCAGCCGAAGCCGCGCCAGUGGAGCUGGAAGCGGAGAUGGAGGCGGCACGCGGGGCGCUCGCGGUGCUGCGGCUCGGGCCGACGGGGUUCGGCGAGGCCCCGUGCUCGAGGAACGUCUUGCGGAAGCGGAGGCGCUGGGAGCGCGUGUUGGCGGCACGGCGGCGGCGGCGGCCGCAGGAGCGGGAGCGGAACAGAGCGCGGCGACCCGAGGGCCGAGGAGCCGCCCGGCAGCGUGUCAGGGCCCUGGCGGAGGAGCGGCUCCUGGAUGCCCGCGCGGCGGGCCCGCGGCUGUGCGUGGAUCUCGGCGUGGCCGACCGCAUGACGCCCAAGGAGACGAGCCGGCUGGCAGCGCAGAUCCGCCGGCUGUACGGCGCUAACAGGCGGGCCGAGCGGCCCUUCUGGCUCUACCUGACCGAGUUGGUGCCGGGGUCGCCCAUCCACCGCGAGUGCCUCCGCAUGAACGACGGCUUCUCCGGAUACCUGAUGGAUACGACUCAAGAAAGCUACCUGGAUCUGUUCCCUUUGGAUGCAAUUGUUUAUCUCACUCCUGACUCUGACAACGUCCUUGAAGAUAUUGAUCCCAAAAAAGUGUACGUCCUCGGAGGCCUGGUGGAUGAAAGUAUACAUAAGAACCUGACCCUGCAAAGGGCACGAGAGCAGUCCCUGCAUACAGCCCGCCUCCCAAUUCGUGAGUAUAUGGUAAAAUCCACGAACACCAAGAACUACUACUCGGAGACACUGGCAAUUAAUCAAGUCUUUGAUGUCUUAUCGACUUACUACAAAACCCAAAGUUGGCCAGAUGCUUUGAAAGCUGGAGUUUCUUCUGGAAAAGGCUACGUGCUUCCAGAUGGAGAGAAAUCAGUGAAAAUACCUCAGCAUGACAACGCACAAGAAAACUCUUUAUUUCCUGAAAGUUAAGGAGCUGUGCAAGCAAGAGUAGCAAACUGCAUAUUUCAAGCAGAGGCACCAGUGUGAAUGUGUGCAGAGAAAACAGCUCUGCCUAAAUUUACUUACGUACGGACCUUGGCAAGAGUGACAGAUUCUGCCUCAGCAGCACAGUGCUGGAAAUGACUUUGCACCUUGAACAGAAAACAGAAGCCAGCUGAGCCCUGAGAUCAACAGAGUUGAUAGGAAGAAUCAUAGAGCACAGCAGUUAAUAACAGUCCUUCCCAUGGAAAAGGACAGUACUAUUCUAACUGAGCACAGAAUGGGAAGCAAUCCAAAAUUAAUAGAGAAACAGUGCCCAGGUGCAUCAUAUUUUCUUCCUACUUGUAUUGAAGACUUGGUGUCUUGCUGUGCUGCUGAAGGCUGUAGUGAAUCUUGUGCAUGCUGGUCACAAUCUAUCUAAAAUAAAGUAUUUAAAUUUC